AUCCUUUGAGGAUGUGUCCAUAACAUUAGUGCUUACUCCAAGUGAAACUACAAAAUGGAGCUGCAGACAUGGCUCCUGAUGGUCUUUACGUGCUGCUAUGCUGUGCCACAAGACAUGUCAGGGAAGCAAAUCAUUUUCCCAGUGAAGUCAAACACCGCCUAUGUCAAGAUAACCCCUGACAUGAACAAAAUCUUCUUUGCUGUGACUGUCUGCGUUCGAUUUUUCACCGACUACCAGACAAAGGAGCUGACCAUUUUCUCAUUGGCCACGCCUUCUCAUGCUGAUGGUUUUGUAAUCUUCAGGGGAGAUGGGGGAAAUUACAGGGUGUACAUUGGGGACCAAGGUAUCUAUUUCUGGGGAUUGCCAGACAAAAUGAACGAGUGGAACUCUGUUUGUGGGACGUGGGAUGCCAGCACAGGAUUGACUCAACUGUGGGUGAAUGGGAAGCCAAGUGCAAGGAAAGCGCUCCAAGCCGGCAGCUCCAUCUCUGGUACUCCCAGUAUUAUUUUAGGUCAGGACCAAGAUGCAUACGUUGGUGGGUUUGAUGUGUAUGACUCCUUUUACGGACAUGAGACUGAUGUCCACAUGUGGGACAGAGUGCUCUCCCCAUGUGAGAUCCAAAGCUACAUGAAGGGGGAGGUGUUAUCUCCAGGGAAUGUGGUAAACUGGAACGCACUAAAAUACACAAGGCAUGACUAUGUGGUUGUUGAGAGGAUGCAGAACCUGACCUGUUAAACAUUUGACCUCAAGAAUCACAAACAGAUCAUUUCAAACCAUGCUUAGAUUUGUAUACGAUCAUGUGUCUGUUAUGCGUGGGAAUCGUGUGGAACAGAUUUCCAAAAUUAAAAUCACUUGGAGCU